AUUGAAUCUCCUGGUCUUAGAAACUUUAUCCCACCAAGUGAAUGCAUAUCCACAGAAACCAGUGACUGCUAGAUGUACCUUCUUCUUGGUGUAGUCAUGGCAACAAAAAACUAACUCCAUCUCUUUCUCUCAUUCCUGGUGGAUCCAACGAAGUGUCAGAUUUUUCCAAAGCGGCGAGGAUGGUCAAUGGGGGCCUUCUUAUGAUAAACCGAGCCCUUGAUACGAGCAAACAAGAGGCUCACAAGGCUCGAUUCAAAGCCGAGGUGGCUGACAAAGAGAUUGCUCGUUUGAAAGAUGAGUUGGAAAGUUCUCGUCGUCGUGAGAGAGAUUCGUUUGAGAAGGAGGUCAACCAUGCCUAUAGGCAGGGGAAGAGGGAGAUAGUUGAAGUUAAGAAAAUCCGUCGUGAUAAGUUCUCGCAAUCGUUUGGAGAGCUCGAAGGGCGUUACAAGGCGUUCGCGGAUUAUCGCGAGUGUCGUGGAACCGUGGGUGGUUUGUAUUUUACGCAUCUUCCCGACUACCCGUUUUCUAGCGAGUAUGCGAAGCAGACCGGGCUCAUAGCGGAGAAAGACAAAGAUCCCAAAAUUUCUGAGGUCGAAGAAGAGAUUUGGAAGCAAUGGGAACCAGUUCCCGUUUCCCCCGACACGGCGGAGGCCGAGACGGGAGGUCUCGAUGAGAUGGGUGAGGUGGACCAGCCGGUGGCUCCGCUUGAUGUGAACGACUACUCGAUUGGAAGGUCGAUGAGUGGGAACUUUGAUCUUGGUGAUUGAUUGCACGGCUUGUUGUGAGUUGUUUGAGGAAGUAUCUCCUCGACUUUGUAAUUUGUUUCUGUUAUUUGUUCGUGUGCUGGCCUAGUAUGGCCUUGUUUUUAAGUAACGGGACUGGCCGAGUGACGCUUUGAAUCCCUGCCGUUUUACCGGCUUUGUGUUUGAACCAUGCUAUUAUAAAAAUGAGGUUUUAUGGAUUUUGAAUU